GGUGGGGGGUGUUGUUUGGGGAGAUGGGUGGUGGAGUUGAAAGUAUAUUGGAGAUAUACAAGUCCAGGCAUCACGAUCUUCACAUUUAGUAAAGCGCUUCCCAUUUUCUGCCAUCACUUUGCAUUAGCAGAUCUUCAGUGGGUCCAGGUCCCCCGGUGAGAGAGCACAGGAGCUAGAGCAGCAUUUUGCCUGAGGAUUUGUUGAGUUUCAUUAGGUCUUACCAUUGCUCACUGAGCUCCAGAACACAUCCUUAUCUCCAGCGGCGGCAGAGGAGCUCUGGAGAUGGGAAGAAGAAGUCCAUGGCUCAGGCAGGUCCUCCCUGCUCUCCUAACUUGUUGCCUGGUCCCAGCCUCCAGCCAGAUCCGAUACUCGGUCCCGGAAGAACUGGAUCACGGCGCGUUUGUAGGGAACAUCGCUGAGGACCUGGGUCUGGACAUCUCCAAGCUGUCCCCAAGGCGCUUCAGGAUCGUGUCCGGGACCAAUAAGCAGCAUCUGGAGGUCAACCUGGAGAACGGGAUCCUGUUCGUCAAUGAAAAGAUAGACCGGGAAGAAGUUUGUGAGUUCCAGCCGGUGUGCACCCUCCACUUGCAGGUGGUGAUGGAGAACCCCCUGGAGCUAUACCGGGUGGAGGUGGAGAUCCUGGACAUUAACGACAACGCGCCCAGCUUCCCCUGGCAUGACUAUGUGCUUGAGGUGACCGAGUCGGCGGCGCCCGGUGCCCGCUUCCCGCUGGAGAGUGCCCAGGACCCCGAUGUUGGGGCCAACUCACUGCGGACCUACAAGCUGAGUCCUAACGGGUUCUUCUCCCUGGAGGUCCAGAGCAGGAGCGACGGCAGCAAAUUCGCAGAGCUGGUUCUGGAGAGACCCCUGGACCGGGAGCAGCAGAAAACCCAUCGGGUGCUCCUCACUGCCAUGGAUGGUGGCAUCCCUGAGAGGUCAGGGACUGCUCUGGUCACCAUCAGCGUUUUGGAUGCCAAUGACAACGUUCCCACCUUCGACCAGUCCUUCUACCGAGUGAGUCUGCCGGAAAAUGUCCCCAAAGGCACUCUGGUGAUAAAACUCAACGCUACCGACCUGGAUGAGGGCACAAACGGGGAGAUAGAGUAUUCGUUCAGCGGACAUGCCCCCCAGAAGGUGAGGGAUCUCUUCAUGGUGGAACCCCGUACCGGCCAGGUGAGAGUAAAGGGGGUUCUGGACUACGAGAAGUCCAACCUGUAUGAGCUCUAUGUCCAAGCUAAGGACAGGGGGCCCUCGGCGGUGGCCGUGCACUGCAGGGUCCUGAUCAACCUUCUGGAUGUUAAUGACAAUGCUCCUGAAGUCAUCCUCACCUCGGUGUCCACCCCGGUCAUGGAAGACGCUCCACCCGGCACGGUCAUCGCCGUGAUCAGCGUGAUGGACCGAGACUCCGGGGACAACGGGGAUGUCAACUGCGAGAUCCCCAAAAACGUCCCCUUCCAACUGCACUCUUCUUACAAAAACUACUACACGCUGGUCACUACCGAGGUCCUGGACCGGGAAGCAGUGUCGGAAUACAAUAUUACCAUCAGUGCCAGGGAUUUUGGGUCUCCACCACUCAUGACCAGAAAGGUCAUCUCUGUCCAAGUCACUGAUAUUAAUGAUAACAUACCCACCUUCCUCCACCCCUCCUAUACGGUGUACGUGAUGGAGAACAACCCUCCUGGGGCAUCUAUCUGCUCUGUCACUGCCCUGGACCCUGACUGCAACCAGAAUGCCUACCUGUCCUACUCAAUCAUGGAUGGUCAGAUUCAGGGCAUGCCAGUGUCUACCUAUGUCUCCAUUAACUCGGACAGUGGCAAUAUCUAUGCCCUGCGCUCUUUUGACUACGAGCAAAUCAGGAACUUUCAGAUCAGGGUCCAAGCUCAAGAUGCUGGCUUUCCUCCCUUGAGCAGCAACGUUACGGUCAACGUCUUUAUUCUUGACCAGAAUGACAAUGUCCCAGUUAUCGUGUACCCUUUGCCAAAGAAUGGCUCGGUGGCCACUGAUGUCAUUCCUAGGUCUGCUGACCCUGGGUACUUGGUGGGCAAGAUCUCAGCCAUGGAUGCAGAUUCUGGCCAAAACUCUCGCCUCUCCUAUCAGAUAAUUCAGGCUUCUGAUGCUAGCCUUUUCAGCGUUGCCCUGUACACCGGGGAGCUAAGGACCAUUCGUGCUUUGUCAGACAAAGACGCAAUCAGACACAAACUCCUGAUUCAAGUAAAAGAUAAUGGGCAACCCUCAUUAUCCACUUCUGUCUCCAUAGUUCUGACUGUGGUGGACAGCCUCCCAGAGACCCUGUCUGAAUUAAAUGAUGUGCCUUUAAAUUCAGACCCUGCUGCCACCUCAUCUCUAACUCUCUAUUUAAUAGUGUCCCUUGGCUCUGUGUCCUUUACAUUCCUGGUGGCUAUAAUUGUCCUUACAGCCAUUAAAUGUCACAAAGACAGGCUGUCCCUACAGGAUUACAAGUGUUCCAUGCCUACUUGUUGCUGUUUAAGAGCUGGAGCCCCUGGAGGGGUCUUUAAAAACUCAAAUAUCAACCUACAGAUUUCAUCUGGGAAUAAAGUUCAGACGAAUUGUAUGGAAUCCUCAGGGAAUGGUCCUCAAAACUAUUGUUACAAAGUCUGCCUGACUCCAGAAUCAGCUAAGAGUGACUUCAUGUUUCUCAAACCCUAUAACUCCACCACACAAAAUAAUGAAAAAAUCCCAGAAAAAGGGGCCCCUGGGAGAGGUGGACAGAACCAAAGUGCUGUGAACAAUGCAGUCAACGAGAUCAAACUUCCAAAUACUGAUUGGUCUCCACAAAAGGCCCAGAAACCAGGUCUCAAAAGUUCUCAGAGUCUCGAAGACCUAGGAACUCGAAAAGGAGUUAAAAAAGAUCAUGACAGACUACGUACUCUAGUUUCCCCUGUAACGGAUAUAAAAAAUCCAAACAAGAAAUCAAACGGGGUGUGGAGCCCGAAGUAUGGAUUACCCUACCAGCAGCACAUGGCGGCACUAGACUAUCAACAUAAUGUUUACAUUCCAGGGACCCCAACAUUAUCAUCUAACAAACAGGGGCUGUUCAUGGACCACGAAGAAAAAAAUAGUUUUUCCACCUUUGGAAAAAAGAGGAAAAUGACAUCAUGCUGCGAUGUGCACGAUGAUAUGAUAAUUAACAAUGACCUGAAAUGAGACGAGGAUGUGGGAUUGCUAUAGAGACGACAAAUAAACGCUAAGUGAAGAAUUUGUUCUCACUUGACGAGGGAAGAGAAACCUCAGUUAUAAGAAUAAAAUAAUCAUUACUAUGCCAAGGACACUGUCUCAACUCACCUACCUGAUGUCUGUUUUGUGUGAUAAUUUUAAAAACACAAACGGUGACAGGCCCUGAUCUAUAAAGUGCAAUGGGACAAAGAGAUCUAAAAUUAAUCUGUAACACUUGAAAUGAAGGGACAUUUGGUACAGUAAUGAAGACACCAAAUAAAUAAAUAAAAAACUCUGUACACAGAGACAAUGAAAAUAAAUGAUAGAGAGGCGGCGUGUUGAAUAAAUGGACGGGAUGCAAUUUCAUUUGGUAAAACAGAUUCAAUGUGGGUGAGAAUGAAAGAAUCGUCUAUGUGUAAAAAGCAAUUUUCUCCAUCUGCAGUCAACCGAAAGACUUCCUUUAGGACUGAAGUGAAUGAGAGGACAUCCUUUUUGAAAUGUCAUUUCUAGUUUGAGCCUUUGGCAAUUUCCAUUUAGUGACAGUUCUGUCUUUCAUUGUUAAUAUGUGAAUGUACCCAGUGAAUAUAUAUCUAUUUUUUGUACUGUAUGCCUUUUUCAUGAUGAGCGAAUGGAUAAGAUGUGUCUGAAAAUCAAUACCUACGUAAAGAGUGAAAUCAGCAGAGCUGAAUAUAUAAAUUGUCACUGCGUAUGUAACAAGGAGGAAAAUAAUUCUCCAAAAUUGUAUGUAAAUAGUAUGCUAUUUUUUAGCAAACACUUGUUUUCAAAAGAAUACUGCACUCACUGUGAAGUCAAUAUGCAAAAAAAAAAAUGAUAAUAAAUAACACAUUUUUAAUACAGCAAACAUUUUUUGAAAAAAAAAGCCCAAAAUCAAAUACAAUAUACCUUUCUUUAAAAGGAGUAUGUGUGCACAUAUUAAUUUGUUCUAAGGAAGGAAUGUACCAUUCUACGUAGCACUGAUAUUAACACAGUCAUGAAAUAAUAAUUCUUUAAUAUUAUUCCUUCCUAAAGACAACAUGUGAUCGAUAUGCAGUUGGCCAUGUGAUCAUGACACACCUGGACACAUGGUCAUAGUUGGACAUGUGAUCACUACAAAUCUUAAGGUAUUAGAAUGCUGAAAUCUUUUUAGAUUCAGUUUGUGUUGAGGAUUGCCUUGAUGUUGGAAGGUCAUUGCAGUGGUACUACGACUAUCUGAUAUUCACAUAUACACUGGUAAAUUUGGUAAUGUGAUGGUAAAUAUUUUGGUUUUGGUUUUCCCAUUGUCCAAUAUGAAGUUGAAAAGAAAUAUCUGUGUGGCCAAUAUUCUAAUUAUCACUGUUUCGUUCUCUUUAUGUCUUUGGAGUAUCAGCCAUGCCUA